AUGAUGGCCAAGAUGGGCUACAAACAAGGCCAAGGACUGGGAAAGCAAGGCGAAGGAAUCGUCAACCCCAUCGAAGUCAAACUGCGACCACAAGGAGCAGGUGUCGGCGCAGUAAAAGAAAAGACGGAACAAUACAAGGCUGAGCAAAGGCGAAAAGCAGAGGCCAAAGGAGAGGAAUACGAGGAUUCUAGCGAAGAGGAACGGAGAGCGAGGAAGAGAAGAGCCGAAAGGAAGAAGGAGGAAAGAGCUGGUGGUGUAGGUGCUGGUGGUAGGAGAAAGACAAAGUAUCGUACUGUCGAGGAUGUGCGUGCUGCGGCGCCUGGAUUGGAAUUGCCGAAAGCAAUGUUGGGUAGUAUCGUUGAUGCUACAGGAGGGACUACGAAAUUGCUUACUAGCACUGCUGGACUCAUGACAUCAAACGUUGUCCCUGCCGAAACCGAAGCCGACAAGAUAGCGAAACGCGAAAGAUUGGAACUGGAAGCUUUUAUCGAAGCAUGGCAUGGUCUACAAGAACGAAAAGUUGUGGUCGAAGAACAGCAAGGUCAUCUACAAAUGGACAUCAACCAAGCCGACGACGAUAUCAAGAAGAUGCAAGAGAUGGUUGAAGCAGUUGAGGCCUUGAAUAUCGCAAACAUUGAUUGGGGUCAAGCAAUGGAAAAGCUAGGGAAACUACAACAAGAUUUCCGUCACGAUAUUGAUAGCUACAAUCUGUCUGAGGCGGCUGUCGCAACAAUUGCACCCCUGUUCAAAGCCGACCUGGAUGACUGGGAUCCUCUGGAGACACCUUCAUAUCGCUUGGUCGAACAUCUGACGCACUUGAAACCUAUUCUGGGGUUGGAGAAAACCACAUCUGCCUUAGCAACCUCGAAUCCAGACAUCGACCCGGAACAACGUCGCUACCGCAAACAGAAGACCACUACACCAUAUGAAAGUCUGAUAUAUGGUGUUUGGCUACCAAAGAUGCGAUCCACCGUCACACGCUGGGACGUACACGAUCCUUCCUCUCUGAUCACUGUAGUCACAGCCUGGAGACCUUUGCUUCCUGCCUUUGUCUACUCAAACCUACUGGAUCAACAGAUCGUUCCGAAGUUGUCAGAAGCAUUAAGUGCAUGGAAUCCAAGGAAAAGACGCCAUCAUCAUAAGUCGUCGAGUAAUGAUGCACCGCAUAUCUGGUUGUUCCCAUGGUUACCAUUACUUCCUCCUUACCAUCUCGAUCCUAAAUCUACUACUGGCCUGCUGGUAGAUGCGAAACGAAAGUUCCGCCGUGUACUGGAUACUUGCGAUAUUUCUACCUUGGUACCUGGUCUCGAGCACUGGAAGCAGCUCUUCGGCCACAAAGACUUUGACGCUACGAUGCUUCGACACGUGCUUCCUCGCCUGGCAUCUCAUCUCUCCAAUACCUUCGACAUCGAUCCAGCAGACCAAGAUAUCUCACCUCUGGAACACGUAUUCGCCUGGCAGCCAUUCUUCACCCCCGUCAUCUUCGGCCGUUUACUCAUUGCAGAAUUCUUCCCUAAGUUACACUCGGUGCUGCAUCAAUGGCUUACCUCUCCCGAAGCUUCUUUCGAAGAAAUCGGCGCCUGGUACACAUGGUGGAAAUCCGUGAUCCCUGAAAACCUCCAACGAAUCCCAGAAGUCCAAGCAGAGUUUGACAAGGCAUUACAAACCAUCAACGAUGCAUUGACAUUGCAGGAUGAAGGAAGGGAUAUGGCAGAACUACCUGCUCCAGCCGCUGGUCCUUCUCGUCCCAUCGUCUCUUCCACCUCUACAUCUGCAGCCACUUCAGCAGCGACCAAACCUCGCGAACAAGAACAACAAGAUCUCUCUUUCAAAGAUAUUGUCGAGGAAUGGUGUACCGAACACGAUCUCACACUCUUGCCUUUACGAGAAGCUCAUCCUGCAACUGGGUCGCCACUUUUCAGGAUCACAGCAAGUGUUUCUGGUAGAGGUGGUGUGGUUGUGUUCUUCAAGGGUGAUACACUGUGGGUGCAAAAGAGAAAGAGAGAAGAUGGGUUUGAGCCGUUGGGGUUGGAUGAUAAGUUACUUGAACGUGCGGAGGGCAAGUAA